AUGCCAUCUUUCUCAGGAGAUCAGGGUGGGAAUGGAGAGCAAUGUAUUGUAAUCGAUUGUGGAUCAGCUUAUAUGAAGGCAGGAACUGAUAGUGACAAGAAUCCAACGUGCAUUUUCCCUUCAAUGGUGGGCCAAUAUAGAUCAAGAUAUAUCCCAGAGGAUGAAGAUAAUAACCCAAUUUUUGUAGGAGAAGAAGCUAUAGCUCAGAGAAAAAAACUAUCUUUAACAUUUCCAAUUGAUCAUGGGCAUAUUGAUGACUGGACAAAAUUUGAAGAGUUAUUAAAUUAUCUAUUUUACAGAGGUUUAAAUAUUGACCCUAUUGACAGCUCAGUAAUAAUCACAAAGCCUCCUUUAUGUAGUAAUAGACAUGAAGAGAAGAUUACGGAACUAAUGUUUGAGAUGUUUCAGACUCAAAGUUUGAAUAUAGCUUUACAGGGAUUAAUGGCAUUAUAUAGCGUGGGAAGAACAACAGGAGUGGCUUGCGACAUUGGAGAAGGAGUAACACAGGUCGUACCUGUAUAUGAUGGCUACUGUGAUUCAAGCUCUCUUAGAAGGGCAGAUAUUGGCGGACAAGAAAUUACAAUGUAUUUACAAAAGCUUUUGUCUGAUAGGGGUUAUAUUGCAACAACUAGAGAUGACUUAGAACAUAUAAGAAUCAUUAAAGAGACUUUAUGUUACAUUGCAAAGGAUCCUGCAACAGAAAAUGAACGUCCUGAGGAGGAGAUUACUGAAGUAUAUACUUUACCUGAUGGAUUAACGCUUCAUGACGAACAUACAAACAAGAUUGAAAUUGACAAAGAAAGGUUUUACGCUCCCGAAGUUAUUUUUGACCCAAAGCUUAUAAUGAGAGAUGUACAGCCAAUUCAUGAGUUAGUUAUGGAAUCCAUUAUGUCAUCUCCUAUGGAAGUUAGGAAAACACUUAUGGGUUCAAUAUUACUUAGUGGGGGAACAUCUCUUACAAAAGGUAUUGAAGAAAGAUUAGAAGAAGAGUUGAUGUAUAUUUGUCCUUCUCAAGCUAAAAGCAACAUUAGAGUUACACCUGCUGAUGACCGUAACUAUGCCAUUUGGAAGGGCGCUCAGCUAUUUAGUGCUUUAAGGGACUACCAGGAAAAUCUUUGGAUAUCAAGAGAUGAGUACCUCGAAGAAGGAGUCAAUAUUUGUAUCAAGAAACAACCUUUCUUUAGCUACAUGCCCAAGUAA